AGUGGCAGCUUCUGAAACCCUAGAGGGAUAGAGUGAACCAGAGCGCCACAUGGAAGACGAAAUCAAAGCGGAGUUCAACAACAGUGGUUUCACUUUCGACAAAGAAAAGGAAAUACUUCAAAAAUGCGCCACAUUCUGCAUAAAUUUCAAACUCACUCCUGCGGAUCUCGUUUCAAGCUGGGAGAUUUACUACCUCAACAGGCAAAUAAACGGAACUGUGGUAGAAGAUGCCGAAAUGGAUGGGUUUUUAGGGUAUUUGCAAAGUCAGCAGAAAGUUGCCAUCGAUGAAAAGGAACUCGAUCUGCAUAUCUACUCAAGCAGAGAUGUGGACAUGAUUUUGAAUGAUGAAGAUGAAGAUAUAAGGGAAGACGUUCUUGGCACUCCACCACCAUUCAAAUCUCAGAACCAUUACUCAGAGCCAUCUGACUCAACACCGCAAGCAAUUGGGAACAUUUCUUCUGGGAAACCAUCGAAACUCGCAACUCCUUUUGGACAACGAACAGACAAGUUGGUUGUGAAGUUUAGCAUCAAUAACAAGCCAAAUACAGAGAAUGGGGAAAAAGAAGAUGAUAAUGAGAAUCAUGAGGAUGAUGACAUUAUCAGGAAGGUUAAGCCUGGAAAGAGGUGUUCUUUAAUAGUCCAUAGUUCAGGUCCUGAAAUAGGCUGUCGGUUUAUGUAUGAUAGGACUGAAGAUAGGUUUAAUGCACUUGAAAACCGAAUUAGUAAGUAUGCAACUGCACUGGUUUCAUCUGGGCAGUAUGAGGAACCGCUGGAUCCUACAGUUUCUUCUCAGAAAAUCAUAUUUACUGUUGGCAUGAUCUAUUGUGAUGGAGAGGGCCAUUUGAACGAGAAGUCCACCUUGUUGCAAAGCAGCGCAGAGCAUUCUGGAGGCCAGCGUGUUCGUAUAGAAUUACAAAACUUGAGCCAGUUUUCAAUCUUUCCAGGCCAGGACUGUAUUGAAGGGAUCAAUCCUAGUGGACACUGCUUUAUUGCUUCAAAACUGGUAGAUUCAAUCCCUUUGCCUAUUGCUGAUGAUGCAAACUUGCCUCCUGCAAAAAGGCAAGCUUUGGAUCAGGAGAUUUUGUCAGAUGGUGUGUCCGGUACACAACCAGAACUAUCAGUGAUCAUCGCAUCAGGCCCUUUUACCACAACAGACAACUUAUUGUUUGAGCCUCUAAGAGAGCUGCUAGCAUAUGCAAGUAAAACGCUGCCCCAGUUGCUUAUAUUGCUAGGACCAUUUAUUGAUUCUGAACAUCCAGAAAUUAAGAAAGGAACUGUGGACAGGAGCUUUGAUGAAAUUUUCCGUUCUGAGAUUCUUAGAAGGUUGCAAGAUCAUGUCGAAUACAUGGGUUCACAUGCACGCGUUGUUCUUGUACCAUCUAUACGGGAUGCUAACCAUGACUUUGUUUUCCCUCAGCCUGCUUUUGAUAUUCAUCCAGCUAAUCUCAGGCAUCAGAUAACCAGUCUCACAAAUCCAGGGAUUUUCGAGGCAAAUCAGGUCAAGAUAGGUUGCUGCUCUGUGGAUAUUCUCAAACACCUUAGUGGAGAGGAGAUCUCGCGUAAUCCAAAGGAUGGAAAACUCAGUGAUCGCAUGAGUAGACUUGCAAACCAUAUACUUAGCCAGCGCAGCUUUUAUCCUCUAUAUCCACCAGCAGAAGGCAUUCCAUUGGAUUUUUCGCUUGCUCCAGAAGCUCUAAACAUCUCGUUGAUCCCAGAUAUUCUCAUCUUACCCUCUGACAUGAAGCAUUUUGUGAAGGUACUGCCCCUUGGUGAAAGAGGUGAAGAGAAAGAGCAGGUUAAAUGCAUUUGCGUCAAUCCGGGAAGACUGGCCAAGGGAGAAGGAGGAGGUACUUUCGUCGAGCUUAACUACUGUGGUAAUCCUGACACAAGCAAUGCUUCGAUCACAGGCAUAUAAACAACAUCGGAUUUCUUUAACUUGCUGCGUAUACUUCAAGAACGAUCCGGUAAGCGGCCUGUAGCAUAGAAGUUUAGGAUCAAAAUGAUCCUAAGUUAAAAUUUAUUGUAUUCAAUGAACAAUAAGUUUCGAAAGCUCCAUAGGCUGCCGUAUUAAGUGGAUUACCAUCUCAUUUGUGUAAAAGGGAGAUAGAUUUCUUUCUGUAUUAGGUUUGGUUCGAUGUCAAUACAUGGUCAUCACUUAUAUUCUC